GGCACGUGUUCGCUCGCGCAUCUCUUCAUCUUCUUCCCCUCUCUCCGUCUCUGUAUCUCUCUUGCGCGAUUGUCAUGGACUCUCCACCAGCGAAGAGCUGGAGCAUCCACAGCCGACCCGAAAUCAUCGCAAAGUACAAGAUCCUGGAGCGGGUCGGAUCCGGAGCCUACUCCGAUGUGUACCGAGCCAUCCGGCUCUCCGACAACCUCACCGUCGCGCUCAAGGAGGUCCACGACUACCAGUCGGCGUUCCGAGAAAUCGAGGCCCUCCAGGCCCUCCACAGCUGUGCCAACGUCGUCAUUUUGUACGAGUACUUUUGGCGCGAGGACGAGGACGCCGUGCUGGUCCUGGAGUUCUUGACGACUGACCUCGCCACUGUCAUCAGAAGCGCCAAGAAACGAGAGGGCGGGAUUGAGUGCGGCGAGGUCAAGCGGUGGAUGCUGCAAAUCCUAUCGGGGGUCGACGCGUGUCAUCGGAAUAUGGUCGUCCACCGCGAUUUGAAGCCCUGUAAUUUGUUGAUUGGGGAAGAUGGAGUUCUGAAGCUGGCUGAUUUUGGUCAGGCAAGGAUACUCUUGGAGCCUGGAUAUGUUCCUGAUGACGAAAACCCACAACUGUUUGAACGAAGCGCUCCUAGUCAGAGUACCUUUCAGCCACCUGAAGUGAUUCCCGAAACAGAAGAGUCAUGUGAGGAAGGGUACAGAGCUCAAGAACAGGGAACUAUGAGCAAAGAGGAAUAUUUUCGGGUGUUAGAUGAGGUCAAGGCGAAAGGUUUGGAUAAAGAUACAAACGUUCCUGAUGGAGAUACAUCUUGUCUAGCAACAUGUACAGCAAGUGACGUAGACGAUGAUCUUUUCAGGGGUUCCUAUUCUUAUGAGGCAGAGGGUGGAGAUGAUAGAAAUGGAGCUCUGACAUCCUGUGUUGGGACUCGAUGGUUCAGAGCGCCAGAACUGCUCUACGGAUCCAUAGACUAUGGUUUAGAGAUAGAUCUAUGGUCGUUGGGUUGCAUUUUUGCUGAGCUUUUGAUGCUGGAGCCACUUUUUCCUGGAACUGCUGAUAUUGAUCAGCUUGGCAGAAUCAUCAGUGUUCUGGGCAACUUAACUGAGGAGGUGUGGCCUGGGUGUCUUAAACUUCCUGAUUACAGGAUAAUAUCGUUCAAUAAAGUAGAAAAUCCAGUCGGCAUAGAGGCCUGCCUGACCAACCGUUCCCCUGCUGAAGUCUCUCUAGUGAAGAAACUCAUUUGUUUCGACCCAGCUAAGAGAGCUACGGCUAUGGAGCUGCUGCAGGAGAAGUAUUUCAACGAAGAGCCUCUUCCAGUUCCUCUAUCCGAGCUGCACGUCCCCCAAACCAAAGAUAUGGGUUCCGAUUCUCCCGGUGACUGGCCUGAUUACGAAGAUAUGGGUUCCGACUCUGAUUUUGACGACUUCCGCCCUGUAAAUACUACCUCAACUGGCUCUCACAUUCAGUCCUUCUGAGUUCAAGGGGUACGGUGAUAUCGAUUCUUAUGUUAUUUAUUGCGUAAAAUAUUUCGGGGGAUCAAAUUUUAAGGUACAUGUAUAUCUACCGAUUUCAGCCAUGUUGGAGUGGUUCUAAAAGGGACCAGGGAUUUUACCACAGAAUUUUGUAUCUUUUCAUUCUUAUUAGGAUGAUUGUUAAUGUUACUUAUGAGCAUAAACAGCAUUACUUGGGAUUUGUUGUGGAUUACUGUUUCUGACCCUUGGAUUUAAACCAAAGGCUCAGAUUUUAUGAAAUAAAUCCACAGUUUUACGUGAAGAA